AUGAAAUUAGUGCAGAGGUCUUGUUAAUGUGCUCGCCUACUUUUCUACUUAACUAAGUAAGUCUUGCGCACAUUCUUCCCAUAAGUGCACAAAGCUUGAUAACUGGGAGAGUAAAUCAUCGCUCUCAGUUAUAAAAUCUGAACCUGUUUUUCCCUCCACACACAAUGAGGCGAGCACUUCAGGUCUACCUCCGCAUUUUGGACACUCACCCUUGGAAGGUUCACUCCGUUCAAACAGGCACUCUUAUGGCUGUGGGUGAUAUGAUGUCACAAACUCUGGUAGAAAAAAAGAAGUUCAGAGAAAUGGACCCGGUUAGGAUAGCGAGAUUUGGUGCAAUGGGAGUAGUUUUCAUGGGCCCAGGACUUUGGGCGUGGUACAAAACCCUCCACAGGCUAGUCGGCCACUCGAAAAAGCACAUGGCCCUGAAGAAGGUGGCCCUGGACCAACUGGUCGCUGCUCCACCUUUUUACGCAGGAUUUCUGCUCGCGACAGGCGCGAUGCAGCAGCAGAGUCGACAGGAGAUCGAACAGCGUUUCAAGGAAGACUACAUGGAUAUUCUAAUUAACAACUGGAAGCUCUGGCCGGCUGUGCAACUCGUAAACUUUGGAAUGGUUCCUCUGCGGUUUCAAGUGUUGUUCGAACAGAUUUUCUGUCUGGCUUGGAACACUUACCUGGCUUGGAAGACAAACCGUUAAGUUUUUUUAAUUAUAUAAAGAUAGAUCAUCUUCAGACUGAUUGCUAGCUAAGUUGUUAAUUUUGUCGGGUUCAUUUGAUUUAAAUCUUGCCUCACUUAGGUGUUUACGUAAUAAUUUUGAAAUAAGGCCGUCACUGUGUGACAAUAAAUGGAUUAGUUUGAAAAAAAGUAAUGCUCUAUUUUAGAGGGCUUUGUUUUAAAAGUUCCCUUCCAAUAAUAAAGUCAACUGCAGUGAA